AUGACUGCCGAUCUCCGCCACCGCCGGCCGCAACCCCCGGACGACGAUGAUGUCCCCGCUCCGAGCCUCACCGCCGGCGCUGCCCCAGCUGCCGACCCAACCAUCGCCCAUCCCUCCGGCAAGAGGAAGAAGGGUCGCUGGACCCAGCUCCUCAGACAGCUCACCUUUGCUACCUACUUCAUCGGCAGCUGUGUCACCAUCGCCGUGACCCAGUACCUCGGCGCACCCCUCUACUGGAUCAACAGAGACCUGUACUAUGCCUACAUGGCUCUGACAAAGCAGUCCUUUGGCCUGGUCAUCACCACCAUGACCAAGUGGUGGGGGCCUACCACCAUCCGCAUCAGCGGUGACGCUUCCGUUGCAGACCAGAUCAGGCAGACCGCCGACGGCCGCGUCGAGUUCGACUUUCCCCAGCGCAUGGUCAUGAUUGCGAACCAUCAGAUCUACACAGAUUGGCUAUAUCUUUGGUGGGUGGGCUAUGCCAACAACCCCCAGAUGCACGGCUAUAUCUACAUCAUCCUCAAAGAGUCUCUGAAAUGGAUCCCCGUCAUGGGACCCGGCAUGAUGUUCUACGGCUUCAUCUUCAUGUCGCGCAAGAUGGCCGUCGAUCAGCCCCGCAUGGCCCACCGCCUCGGCAAGCUCAAGAUGCAGCACACGGCCCCUGACGGCCGCAAGUACCUCAACCCCAUGUGGCUUCUCCUCUUUCCCGAAGGCACCAACCUCUCCAACAACGGCAGGGCCAAGUCUGCCAAAUGGGCCGAGAAGACCGGGCUCAAGGACCCGGAGCACGUGCUGUUGCCACGCAGCACCGGCAUGUACUUUUGUCUCAACGAGCUCAAGGGUACCGUGGACUACGUCUAUGACUGCACUGUUGCCUACGAAGGCAUCCCCCGCGGUGGAUUCGGCGAGGAGCUCUUCACCCUCAGCGGCACUUAUUUCAGGGGACAGCCUCCAAAAUCUGUCAACUUUUACUGGCGCCGCUUCCGCGUGGCAGAUAUCCCGCUCGAGAACAGCGAGAAAUUCGAGCUGUGGCUGCGGGACCGAUGGUAUGAGAAGGACAGGCUCAUGGAAGAAUACAUGUCGACAGGUCGCUUCCCCUCUUCUCCAGUCAAGUCAGACAAGGUCGAGCAGAAGGCUGUUUCCCACAUCGAGACAGAGGUGCGGACAAAGUAUUGGUGGGAGUUCAUUCAGAUUUUCGUUGUGCUGGGCGUCUUUGGCCUUGCGAGCAACAUCCUGGCCAAGAUGUGGUACCGCGUGACCCACAUCUUUGCAUGA